GCGAGUGCCCCACGUGACGGUGACGUCACGGCUGUCUACGUUGCAGGUGCCGCGCCGCGAUGGCGCCGCGAGUCCCGGGCGCCGCGCGCGUUUCGCGGUAGCGACAGCGACUCUCGACCCCACGCCGCCUCGAGCGACAUGGCCUCGGAGCCCAGGGGCGUCCUGCUGCCGGGCAGCGGCAGCAGCUUGUGCUUCGACAGGGAGCAGUUCAUGAAAGACGGAUUUGAUGUGGACAGCUUCGUGGCAGAAUGCAAGAAGCACGUGCAGCUGGAGGUGCUGCGCGAGGACCUGGAGGUGUAUUACAAACUUCUCAAGAGCUCCAUGGUGGAGCUCAUCAACAAAGAUUACGCGGACUUCGUCAACCUCUCAUCCAACUUGGUUGGAAUGGACAAAUCAUUAAAUCAGCUUCGAGUACCCCUGGGGCAGCUGAGAGAGGAAGUCCUGUGUGUGAGGUCUGCACUAAACGAAGUCAUUCAAGCCUUUGAUGACAGGCUGGCCAAGAGGACAGAUAUUCGUAAGAAAAAGGCUUGCCUGCAGAGGUUAAUGCACGUGAUCCGCUCAGUGGAAAAAAUAGAGAAAAUCCUUCAAACGCAAGGCUCCAGGGACGGCCUUUCUGCUUCUGACACCAACAGCGUUCCACUGGCUGGGCAGACCCUGGAAAGAAUCGCCACCGAGUUUAACCAGCUGCAGUUUUACGCUGUUCAGAGCAAAGGCAUGCCCCUACUGGACAAUAUCCGCCCGCGCAUCGCGGGCAUCACGGCCACGCUGCAGCACUCACUGGAGGGGCUGCUGCUGGAGGGGCUGCAGGCGGGCGACGGUGGCGUAGUGCGGCAGUGCCUGCGCACGUACGCCACCAUCGACAAGACACGUGACGCAGAGGCUCUCGUCUCGCAGAUCCUCGUCAGGCCGUUUGUUGAGGAGGUCGUCUCAGAACAGUACGUACAGAGCCACCCCCAGGGUCUCAAGGGCAUGUACAGCAAGCUGCUAGAGUUUGUACCACACCACUGUCGUCUGCUCAAGGAAGUCACAAUGGGAACACUUGUCAGCGGGGAGAGAACGGAGGUUGUGCAUGGCUACGACUUCCCUGUGAACUCCGUGUGGCCUGAGAUGGUGCGGUGUUUGGAGCAACGUCUCUCUUCCAUCUUCAAUGCGGGGAAUCCCGAUGUCUUCCACGAGAAAUACAACAUGAGCAUGGAGUUUGUGUCUGCCUUUGAGAGGCAGUGCGCAUCCCAGGCCAGUGUGCGCCGGCUGCGUGCACACGCGGCCUACGAGAGCUUUUCAAACAAGUGGAGCCUGUCCGUGUUCUUUCAGAUACGGUUCAAGGAAUUGGUUGAAAACCUGGAGAGCGCGCUGCAUUCAGGGCUCCAGCUGGCACCAGCUGACAGUGAGUUCCGGCUCCACGCUACCCACGGGCUGUGGAUGUGUCUGCAGAGGUGCUGGGCCGACCCCGUGUACCUACCGCCCCUGGCUCAUCGCUUUUGGAAGGUCACGCUGCAGAUGCUGGCUCGCUAUGCCAUCUGGAUGCAAGAGCUGCUGGAGCCUCCGGCCCCCAACCCGCACGACCAUCCACCACGGGAGGGUGGAGGGCUCAAGCCGUCGCAGUCCACCCCCGGGUUUGGCUCCAUGCUUCAGCAGCAUCAACAUCAGCACGAGCCUCACGGUGCGGUCAACGCCUACGGUGGCGCGGGGGUGAAGCGGUCGCCCUCGGUGCAGAUCCUGGGUGGCGAGGAGAAUCACACGGGCAGGACCGCCUCUGAUGUGUCGAGCUCCAAAGCCCCGUCAUGUGGCCAGCUGGCAUCAGUCGUUGGUGAUAGUGACAGGAUACAGAAAAAGCUUGAAGACUUUUUGCAGACCGUGAUCAAGCCCCGGUUGGACCUCUUGGGGUUCAAAAACUAUGACAGCCUCUCCGGCGCGCUGGCGGAGUCGCGAGCGGCCCUGGAGGGGGCCGUACCGGCAUGCGGCACGCGCAUCACGGGGGAGCUCGCCGAGCUGUGCUCGGGCUGCCUGCGUGGUGCCCAGGAGGUGCCGCGGCUCUACCGCCGCACCAACAAGGAUGCCCCCAGCAGGCCCUCGCCCUACGUGGAGAAUGCGCUCCGACCCUUGGAGCAGAUGCUGAGCGAGCACACGGGCGCCGUGGAGCACGCUCGCCUGCACGCCUGGAUCCUCGACUCGUUGCGGAAAAGCACGGAGAGGUACCACGAGACGGUCUCCGAUGUACUCACGUCCGUGCGCAAGAUGGAAGAGAGCCUGAAGAGGCUGAAGCAGGCGAGAAAAACGGGGGUAGGGGUGACAGCGGCGGCAGCAACAAGCGGUACAGGGCUGACGGACGAUGACAAAAUCCGGUUACAGCUCUACCUGGAUACGCAGGCCUUCCGCCAGCAGAUUGAGAAGCUUGGUGUUGAAGCAUCGGAAAUCCCAACACUCCAUUCACUCAUAGACACUGUACAAACAGCCAAAGCGCUCGUCACUACAGAAAGUAUAUCAUGACCUUUUGUUUUGUUCUUAAGUGGCACUGGAGAAUCAUUCUCUGUUUAUAAGUUACUGAAAUAAAGACGGUACAAGUUACGGAUAUAGUGUGGAUUUUUGUCAAAAAAUGGGACAUUGUACCACCAAGGGGGGGGGGGGGUAUGGUGCUUUUUACAGGUGUAAAAUAAUUGUAAAUUAAAAAAUUGUGUAAUACUGUAUAGUUAGUAUUGGUGAUUGUUCUUAUGGAUUCUGAAUUAAAUUCUCCACUUUCUGGGUUUUAACCGAAGUGCGUGUGGACGUUGUGCUGUGCGAGUUGAAGCUUCGUGGCAGUGAAGGGAAAUAUGCUGAGAGUUGUGACAAGCAGAAUUGACAUUUAUUUUGAACUUGAUGCAAUCAUACAAAAAUAUCUAAGAUUACAAACACGUGUAUCAACUUACGGCAAAUGUGCUUAUAUGCUGUUAAAUGUUUUUUCGUGAGUGGUUUGGAUUUAAGUGCGGGUUUAUUCAUUUGCUAGCAUGAUACCCACCACACCCACAGGCUGCGCCCCUGUGAUCAUUUCACUUGCUGCAGUGCUGUUAGCGACGACAAUAUUUAAUGUCUCUUUCACUCAAACUUUGAGUGCCCUUAUAACUGGUACACGCAGGUUCUGCGCAAGGGACCUCAUGCUCAUUGUGCUCCGUGAUGUUUAUUUAGGUGAUAACAGCGCUCUGCGUAUCCGAUUCCUAAUUGCUAUUUGUACACUCGCGUUCGCGCCCCUCACCUGUACACAGCACUUAUAAAAGUGCUGCGAAGGUUAACGUUGCUUUUAACUUCCUCUUUUAAAUAACUGUGUUGAGGAAUAUACGAUGUUGGCUAAUCAUGGCCGGCGUAAUCUAUAAUUUGGCUUCUAAAUAAUGGAUAUAUAAUUUAGAGUAAUUAUUUUUUCAAACAAAAGAUAGUUCUGUUUAUAGCAAUAGAAUGGGUAUGGGAAUUAAGCAUAUACAUGGUGGUAUACAGUGUCUUCGACUACACAUCCUUCCUAUGCACUACAAAGUGAAAACGAAGCAGUUUUCCCUUUAUUAUGCAUCUUUUUUGAAAAUGCUCUUGUGACAAUAAAUCGCUUUACACGCUCAAACAUU